AUGCACUCGGUGUGGGACUUGCACAGCAAGAUCUUCCAGAACUACUUCGAUUGGUGCAAGCAUGUGGGCCUGCCAAGACGGCCCACCUCACAGUCCGAGAGAUUCCGCAAUAAAGAGCCAUUCACCGAUGAGAUCAUCAUCAUGCUCAUGAACGAGCUGGCUCUCUUCUACUGCAUCUGGACGGAGGGUGCAAAUGUGAGAUACAUGCCCGAGGUUCUGUGCUUCAUUUUCUGGACAAUGCGAUUCAGCCCCUUCUUUACGGAGCUGGAUGGCUGUGGUAAUGGCCAGCAAGGCAAAGGAGUUGGGGAGUUCAUCCCAGUUCCUGUGGAUCCAGACCUGGAUGUUCGCAAUCUGCGCCAAGAGCGUGAGGAACUCCGGAAGAAGUACUGGGCGUUCAUUGCGACAAGAAAGAGCCGAAUGAUGAGCGAUGUGACGCCCGUAGAUGUGAUGAAGAAGGCAGGAGUUGACCUCAACCAAGUUCACCUCCUGGUUGAGAUCAUUGUCAAUGGAGAUGGUGGCCAGUUCACGGAUGCAGUCAUCCAGCCGAUCUUCAACUUCUUGGCUCAUGAGCUUGACCAUCUUGGGGGCAAGAAGGGUGUUGAGAGCAUGAUACGCAUCAACUAUGAUGAUGUCAACGAAUCGAUGACCAAUCCACGGAUUAUCGAGAGGACAUUGAAGAAACUGGGCGUCUCCAGCUCACAGUCAAGGGAGAUCAACGAUGCGUAUGAAAGGAUCUGCGACCUGCCAUACCAGAAAACAGACGAUGGCGAGUCUGUUUAUGACUACGAAGAGCUGGAUUGUCUUGCCGCUGAGUGUGCCCUGUGCAUGCAGUCGCUGUAUGGCUUUGAAGGGUUCGGCAUGACCUCGUGCCUUGUAACUGGCCCGACAACAGAUGUGGAGAAGAUGGAUGAUGAAGAAAAAGUUGUCUGUGAAGGCAUCACCGGCUUCAUCGCAGCACACUCCUCUGUGCUGUUGACCCAUGUAUUCCUGCAGGCAUUGGAACGCCUGGCCGCAGGGUAUCUGUCCUCACCAGUGAAGGAUCCUGGAGAAAGAAGAGCUGAGAAAGUGCGGUGGAGGCACAGGAACUACACUGAUCUGGAGGCACCAGAAAAGGAGGACACACCUGACGAACCUGAGGACAAGAAGAAGAGGCGAAAGAAGAAGGCAACGCAAGGCAAUCCAAGCGUCCCCAUGGAAGGCCAGCCUUUUGGAGUAUACCUGACAGGUCUCAUCUGGCUCGGCAUUUUCUUUGCCAUGCUUGGAAUUUUCGUGCUUCAGUUUCUGAAGCCCGAGAGUAUUGGAGUAUCAGGCAUCGAUGGCAGCGCCUUCGAAUUCUACUGGAGAUUUGUCUCGGCUCUGUACUUCACGGUGAUGGUGAUAACCAGCAUCGCUUCUACCCGGGACGGGUAUGCCGUCAGCCUCUCAGACAUGGUCACUUGUGGUUGGUGGCCUCUUGGGAAAUACUCUGUGCGGGGCAAACCGAGAAACGAGAUCAAGUCCAAUAUGCAGACUUCAUGGAGGGUCUUUUUCUGGAACAUGGGGUUUUGGACUAUCGUGCUGGCCAUCAAGAUCGCGUUUGACUACAUCUUCAUUAUUUCGCCACUUGCACUUUCGCUAAAAUCUCUGUCAACAGAAGGCUGGCUGGCAUCAUUCUUCCCCAAUGGGGUGUACAUACUGGGAACGUCCAUUAAUGUGCCCAGCGACGGAGACUUCCUGCUGAUGAUCGUCCGCUGCAUCCCCUCAUUUUUGGUGGUGCUUGUGGACACAAGCGUGUUCUACAUGCUUGCAGCUGUCGCAUUUGGCAUGAUUCGAGGAGUGGUGCUGCUCAACUUGGGGGUUGUGGGCAACUGGUCUGAAGUCCAGCGCGAAUUCAGAAGCGUUCCGCACAGAUGGUGGGAGAAGUGCAUCUCACCAGAUGGCCGCAAGAACAUAAAGGAAAAGCUAGCAAAGACCAGGACUUUGUUGCCCCUAGAGGACGUUUUCCCUAUUCCUGAUAUGGACCAGGUGGAAGAAAGCUCCAAAAAGAAGGGCAGGAAAGGACGAGAGAAGAAGGCGACAAAAGGCAAGAAGAAGCAGCAGCCACCCGGGGAGGAAGUGUAUGAUGUCUUUGCCGACACAUGGAACAGGAUUGUUGCGGAUCUCCGUGACGCUGAUCUCAUUUCGAACAAGGAGUUGGACAACCUGCAGUUUCUGAAGAUGGGGUGGCACGAAAGUCUGUACAAGCACCAUGUCAAGCCAUUGAUGCAGCCCGUCUUUGUGUAUGCUGGCCAGCUUGAGAAAGUCACAGAAGUCCCAAGGCCAACACCAGCACAUAUGCACAUCAUCACCGAAACACGAGACAUUCUGUUGUGGCUUGCGGGACAACUUGGGUUGCUCGACAUGCAGACCUGCGAAAACGCCAGGAACAUCUUCUUCUUGGGGGAGCCCUAUGAUAGGCACCACAGGAUGUCCCGACGAGAACUGUUGAAGUCGGUGAAAGGGCUGCUAGUGGCGUUCCAGGAUGCUUCUAAAGCGACAAGCGACACUGUUGAUACCCAACCCACCAGGAUUGCCCUGGAAAACGUCCUCAAAGGUCUGAUCAAUGAGCGUGAUGCCCUCAAGGACUACAAGGGCUCCAAGUACCUCAGAUUGGGACAGAAGUACAUGAACGAUAACAUAUCCAUCCUGGAGAUGCUGUGCAAGACCAUAAGGAGCCAAGUUCUGGGAAAGCCUGGUGUGCUACUAUCCAGUCUCCAGAGAAUUGUCAAGGAUAGGAAUGACAAUGGCGAAGGAGAAUACCAAGUGGCCAUUGACGAGGUUGAAGAUGUGUUUGUCAAUGACCAGCUCGCUCCACGCAGCCUGAUGGUGAAGUUCAUCAACGGCCUCCUCCGCAGAAUGAACACCACCCGUGUUGCAGCCAGCCCCUCUGGCCGGGAGGCCCGCCAGUUCCUGACAUUCUUUGUCACCAGUCUGUUCAACCCCAUGCUCCGGGCGCCGCCUCCACUUGUGCAGAUGCUGUCGUGGACCACCUUGGUUCCAGUUUUUGAGGAAGACGUCGUUUAUGCAAUUGAGGCUAGCGAGACGGCUGGAGUUGUGGGUGUAGAUCCACCGCGGAAGGGCAUGGCAAAAAUCACCGACCUCUUGUCAGAGACACAUACGAGGCUGCCUUUGCUGUCGUACCUGAGGACUGUGUACCCAAAGGAUUGGAUGAACUUCCUUGAGAGAAUGCGCACCAAGUACGGUGUCGAGUUUGAGGAUCCCAAAUCCGUCACUGGCGAGGAAUUCCUGCAGGAAGGUGAUUUCCAUCAUCUUCAAAAUGACUUGCUGCUGUGGGCGUCGUACCGCGGGCAGCUGCUUGCAAGAACGGUGCGAGGCAUGAUGGCAUACGAGAAUGCUCUCAAACUGAUAUGCCUGCUGGAGCACCCACGCAAUGAGACAGUUCCUGAGGAUGAGUACGAGCUCAUGAUCGAGGAGCUUGUGGCAGCAAAGUUCCGCUGUGUGGUGGCUGCGCAAGUUUACGGCCGCAACAAGAGAAGUCGCCAAUUGAAGCAUCGCUGGGACGCAAGGGCCAUUGAGAUGUUGUGUUGCAGGCAUCCCACUCUACGGGUGUCUUAUCUUGAUGUUGAGACCAGGGAGGAUGAGUACGUCCAGUAUGCGGUGCUCAUUCGUGGAGCAGGCGUCUCAUUCUUCGAUGGGCCAGAGCACCCCAACCCAUCGCAAGACAAGUACAACGUGGAAGAGGUCUACCGCUUGAGGCUUCCGCAGAACCGGUUUACAGCACGUGGAGUCAUCAUCGGCGAAGGAAAGCCUGAGAACCAGAACCAUGCAAUCCCGUUUGCAUUUGGGGAGUGUCUGCAGACGAUUGACAUGAACCAAGACAAUUUCCUUCUGGAAGCCAUGAAGAUGCGGAACUUGCUGGAUGAGCUGACAUACCCAGAGUACAUACCCUCUGAGGCAUCCGCCCCAAAGACCUGCUACAAGUACCAGAGCAACCUGAAGAAACGCCUGGAGAGGAAGAUGGUCCACAUACCAAUUUUGGUUGGCUUUAGGGAGUGGAUCUUCUCGCAGAAAGCAGGUGCCCUGGGGAGUUUUGCUGCAGGGACUGAGUUCGCGUUUGGCACAAUCCUGCAGCGAACCAUGACAUUCCCUGGGCGUGCCAGGUUCCAUUACGGUCAUCCUGAUGUGUGGAACAAGGUCUGGAUCAUGACCAGGGGUGGCAUCAGCAAAGCCACAAGGAACUUGCACGUCUCGGAGGAUGUCUUUGGUGGCUUUAAUGCUGGACUCAGGGGUGGCAAGGUCACCUACAGGGAUUACAUCUCUGUUGGCAAGGGCAGAGAUAUGUCCUUCGUGUCGAUCAACGGCUUCGAGAUCAAGAUAUCUGGUGGAAAUGGGGAAGUCUGCAUAUCUCGUGACGCGUACCGCCUCGGCACCAGGACAGAUUUCUUCAGGAUGAUGUCCAUCUACUAUUCAGGACCUGGCUUCUUCAUCAACAAUGCCAUCCUCAUGACGACUGUCUACGUGCAAAUCUGGGUGCUGGCUGUGCUGGCACUGGCUGGGGGGUAUCUUGUGGAGAGGGAGGUGGACCUGGCAGAAGAGGAGAGACUGAGGCAGGUGGAGCUGGGACUCCGGGACCCUGAUGAUUUUGGACGCCGGCUGCUUGCUUUUGAAGAGAAUGCGGUGGCCGGAAGGGAGUUGCUGCAGGGGGUCUAUGACUACUCUGGGGUUAGCAACGCUGCUGGCAGCUUCUAUGAGGACCCCUAUGCGGAUGCUCCGCCACCUCCUGCCCCACCAGCUGACACACCACCACCACCACCCUCUUAUGGCUAUUAUGACUAUGCGGAGCCAGCUGCCAGUGGGAGCAAUGACGACGGCAACGCCAACAACGACAACGUCAGCGGCAACAACAAUAACAUCAACAACAACAACAGCAACAACAGCAACAACAACAACAACAACAUACCCAGGAAUGCAACCACUGUUGUUCAGGCUGUGGACACCGCUGUUGAGAUCACUUCGAUUGUUCAGUUGGGCAUGUUGACAGUGAUUGCCUACAUCGGAGAGCUCCUGCUGGAGUUGGGACUGUUGCAGACAGCAGCUGUCAUCUUGUUGCAGGUCAUUUCUGGGUCUCUCUCGUUCUUCAUCUUCAAACAGCAGACGGAUGCUGCUGCAUUUGUGGAGGACAUGAACUACGGUGGAGCCCGCUACGUGGGAACUGGUCGAGAGUUCGCCCUGACGCACAACGCCUUCGUCUCACUGUAUGCUCGAUAUGCAAGGAGCCAUUUGUACUUUGCGACGAAGCUGGUCAUGCUUUGCGUGAUGCUGGGCGUUCUGGACAUCCCAGGAUAUGGCUUUGCGACUUUUGGAUCAUGGAUGGUGGCAAUUUCCUUGGUGACGGCGCCCUUCUGGUUCAACCCCGUGCAAUUCGUCAUGUCCCAGACAAAGGCUGACUACAAGCAGUGGGUGAGGUGGAUGGAGGGCGAGGAGAGGGACCCAGACAGUAAGCUGACAUGGUACACAUGGCACGACAAGAUGAUGUCGAAGAUAAGGAACGAGAGUGCGAAUAUGACGGACCACUGGCUCAACGGUGCCAAAGCAAUAAUCAGCAACCUGUUCACGAAUGGCCUGCUUGCCAUCGCAGCCAUCUCUCAGAUUGAGACGGAAAAGGACAAGAAUGCCAUAUACCUUUGGGCUGCAGUGUCCCUUGCGCUGUCGGUGGUGGUGGCGAUGUCUGUCCUGCUGCAGACGUGCUUCCACCAAAGGGAACAGGCCACUGCCACCAGGGUGUUCCGCAUGUUGCCUGCGCUGUUCUUUUUCAUUGCCACCAUUGUUCUUGCGGAGGCGAAUAUUGGGGCGAAGACUGACGAUGGCAAAAUUGGGCUGAAGAACCUGCUCCUCAUUUACUACGCCAACCUGCAGAUAAUCAUUUUCGGCAUACAGGUCAUGCAGCGCACCAUGCAGGACCGCAUCGGCGUCCGACACGCCGUCGAUCAGGCGUACUACUUGCUGGACUACUUCCUGGGCGUCAUAUUCUUUGGAGUGCUCUUCGUGUUCUCUUUCACUGGCAUCAUGAACAUCAUCCAGAACACUCUGCUGUUCAGCGUGACGUUUGCUUCGUCGAUCCGCAACAAGGAGCUGGUGGACGCCAUUGGGUAUGACAGGGACACGGAGAGAGAUGACGCAAGCAAGCCCGGAAACCGCCCAACGGAGAGGACCCUCGCGGAGCGCUUUCAGAGGCUCACCGACUGCGGCAGCCCGCUGGGCAGUCCUAGGGGCAUCGCCCACAGGGAGGGCACUUUCAACACCACCAGUGCCUGGCGGGGCGUCGCGUCGGUGGAGAAUUCCAUGCGGGCCUCUUCCUUCACGGCUGGUUUGCCGAGGGGGCAGAGGGAUUCCUCGGACAUGGUGUCGUGGACCUCGAUGCCCCCUGCCGCGAAGUCUGAAGCCAAUGACGGGCUCUCAAUCAUGGAAGUUCUCGCGAUCAACGAGGGCCGGAAUGAGGAUGAAAAACAGAUAUUGCUGUGA